UGCAUCAUUUCGGUGCUUAAAUCAUUUUUCUUCGACAAAGUUGCUUUUACGAUCUUCUAAAACAACUAGCAAAUAAUAUAUAACCAUGAACGCACCACCAACAUUCGAAUCCUUCCUUUUAUAUGAAGGAGAACAAAAAGUUCAAAAAGAAGAGGAUACGAAGGUAACAAAUGCCGCAAUAUUUACUGUCAACAAAGAGGACCAUACUCUUGGAAACAUGAUUAGACAUCAACUGUUAAAAGACCCGAAAGUGCUGUUUGCGGGUUACAAGGUGCCCCACCCCCUGGAGCACAAGUUUGUGCUGCGCAUCCAGACCACCUCCGACUACACGCCGCAAGAGGCCUUCAUGAACGCCAUCACCGACCUAACAUCAGAAUUGUCUUUAUUCGAAGAGAGAUUUAAAGAAGCCAUUAAGGAGAAGAAGGAUGGAUUAGAUUAAAAAUGUAGGAAUUAACAUCUUUUAUACCUAUUGUAAGUUUUAAAUAUAUUUCAUGAAUUAAGAAAUAUUUGUAUACUCAAACUCACCCACUUUGUCAGUAGAAAUAGGCGCGAAAUUCAAAUUUUGUAUGGGAAGUUAACUGUUUACGCCUAUAUUUUUUUAAUUUGCCGCCUUUUUAGGGUUCCGUACCCAAAGGGUAAAACGGGACCCUAUUACUAAGACUUCGCUGUCCGUCCGUCCGUCCGUCCGUCUGUCACCAGGCUGUAUCUCACGAACCGUGAUAGCUAGACAGUUGAAAUUUUCACAGAUGAUGUAUUUCUGUUGCCGCUAUAACAACAAAUACUAAAAACAGAAUAAAAUAAAGAUUUAAAUGGGGCUCCCAUACAACAAACGUGAUUUUUGACCAAAGUUAAGCAACGUCGGGAGGGGUCAGUACUUGGAUGGGUGACCUUUUUUUUUUUUUGCAUUAUGGUACGGAACCCUUCGUGCGCGAGUCCGACACGCACUUGCCCGGUUUUUCUACUGACGAGGUUGGUGUGCCAGAGUAUAUUUUUAAGACAACCCAACACUGAACUUGUUGAAUAAUAAUUAGUAAAAUAAAUAAUUUUUCUA